ACAGUGCACUGCACUGAACAAGAAGAAGCUCAAAUACAAAACAUGCUGCUGCUGCAUGACCUGCCCCACUACUAUAGAGAAAUCGAGGGAACUGAAAUCCUAUCAUCAAGAACCUUUGAGUCCAGUGAGGUACUAACACCACUUCAAAUUCCUUCUCGUCCAACUGUCUCACAAGACACAUAUGAAGAGUUCAGGGAAUCCCUUCACUGCUGCAAGCUUCCCUGGGGAGCAGAAAGGGAGAAGGGAGGAGUUGCACUACCUGUACUGCCAGAAGACAACAGGGUAAAGGAUAAGUCUCCAUGUACAUUUGUUAAAGGACAUCAACCUUAUGGUAGUGGUGCAGACCCUUGGCCAAGAGGCCUUCCCACUGAGCAAUACUAUGAUGUCACUCAGCUGAAAAAAAGUGAUGUCUGUAUGAAUGAUGAACUGCUUCGUAAACCACCAGACAGUUCGACUAAACCACUGUGCCUGCCAUUUCCCACCUCUCAUCCCUACGAGACAUACAUCUCUAGGUACACCAUGUUCCCAAACUUCAGAUCACCUGAGGAUCAAGACAGCGGGACCGAUGCAAGCAGUCAUCAGCCUUUCCAUCCCAAUAGCCCUACCAAGGCUUUUGAUGUGGUUGUUCUGAGGAAGACAGCAGGUAAUCCGUAUAGGCAUGAAGUUGUCAGUAUUCCCUCUGACUCCCAGAAGAAGGCUGUCUUCCUAAUUGCUGAAGAAAAGGGUCAAAUAUACGAUCCAAAUCCAUCAAAGAUAGUGGCCCCCAACUCCACUUUUGAAGAGCUAGAACAUAACCUCUCUCCAAGAACAACCAAUAUGUUACGAAACACUGAAAGAGCUCUGGGGAUCACAACAUACCGUCAGGACUUCGCAGGUAAGAAUAAAAUAUGUCUCCUUAUCCUAGAUAACUAUUACAUGAAAGCAGUUGGCACAUUAACUGGAGAACUAGGUGAAGACGUGGAACUAGAAGAAACAUUUCUGCCUAGUCUCUCACAAGUGAGACCUCUUGAAGGGCGCACUGCUUGUUUACUUCAAGGCCAAUGACCCCAUGAAUCAAUUCUGCAAGAAUAGUACUCCUCCAGUGUUCAGAUGCCAGGAAGGCCUGAACUUGAAUCCCUUCCAAAAUCUGCAUCAUGUCAGCCUGCAUGGAGACCAGAGGAUGGGCCACGAGAGACAGCAGUGCCUGAAUAGAUCCCUAGCUGUGAGGUUCCUCAGCACCAGACAACACUGCUGGAGCUGCAGCAUUCCUUCUCUAAGACAGCAGCACAAAAACAUUUUCAUGAUUCAAUAAAAGGAGAGACAAAAGACCUCAGAGAUAAAAUUACUGAGGGAAAGAGACACAAAUUCUAUGGUUUCAAUGCUUUUUAUUUCUUUAACUGA